UGUGUGUGUGGGGGGGAAACGAGGACGAGGAUGAAGGAGGCUGAGUGGGGGUGAAGGGGCAGAAGUCUCUGGGGAAGCCCCCCCUCCCCCGUGGCAGCUUGGGUCCUCUGCCCUCAUUAGUGGGAGAAGCGCUUCCUGCUCAUCACAAGACAGGGAGAGCCGUAAGCAGCAGCAGAGAUAAAAAGAAAGAGAGCCGGCAGCAGCUGAAGCAUCAGAGGUUUGCCGGGUUGGUGUUCCAUCAGUUACUCCUGACUCAGUGUCGAGAUUCGGUGCUGGGUCCGGGAACAGCUGUGCGGCUGAAGAGCCAGUGCUCCCCCUGCUGGCGGGGCGGUUGAGAGGUUGUGGGGUGAACGAAAGUAAUGUCGUAGCACAUUGGUAUAAUGGAGAAUCCAGUGGCGAGUUCUUCUCCCCCAUCACAUUUUCCAGACGACGAAGGCUCCAAAGAGAGCAAUGAUAUUGUCUCAGCUGGGCUCAACCACUCAGAGGGGUCCUGCAGCGGCUCCCAGUCGGCCCACAACCCGGACUUUGCGGAGGAGGCGUCGCUGGCUCCGUUGCCUCGAAACGAGUCGUCUAACAAAGCCGUGAACAGUGGGCUGAAACCCGAGGAGGAGCAAAGAGCAAAAAGAGGCGGGUGGUCCAAAGGGCGAAAGAGGAAGAAACCCCUACGGGACAGCAACGCUCCGAAAUCUCCCUUAACGGGCUACGUGCGGUUUAUGAACGAGCGAAGGGAACAGCUUCGAGCAAAAAGGCCUGAAGUCCCAUUCCCGGAAAUCACCAGGAUGCUGGGCAACGAGUGGAGCAAACUCCCCCCUGAAGAGAAACGGCGCUACCUCGAGGAAGCCGACCGAGACAAAGAGCGUUACAUGAGGGAACUGGAGCAGUACCACAAGACCGAAGCGUACAAAGUCUUCAGCCGAAAAGCCCAGGACAGGCAGAAAGGCAAAUCGCACCGUCAAGGUAUUCAGGCCCUCGAAGGAGCACGACAGACGGCCCAUGAGCUUGAGAAGGAAGCGGAGGCCAAAGAGCGGUCCAUGUUCGACAUUCCCAUCUUCACAGAGGAGUUUCUGAACCACAGUAAAGCCCGAGAAGCAGAGCUCCGCCAGCUGCGCAAGUCCAACAUGGAGUUUGAGGAAAGGAACGCUGCCCUGCAGAAGCACGUGGAGAGCAUGCGCACGGCCGUGGAGAAGCUGGAAGUGGACGUGAUCCAGGAGCGUGGCCGCAACACCAUGCUCCAGCAGCACCUGGAGACGCUGCGGCAGGCCCUCGCCAGUAGCUUUGCCGGAGUCCCGUUGCCAGGCUGUGGCGAGACCCCCACGACAGACACGAUCGAUUCCUACAUGAAUAGACUCCACAGCAUCAUUCUGGCCAACCCGCAGGAGAACGAGACCCUCAUCGCCACGGUCCGGGAGGUGGUCAGUCGCCUCGAACGCUAGCGGACGCCCCCUCCCCAAGACCUCCGCAGUCAUCCUCACUCGGGCUGAGACGAAAAGCGGCCGAUGUCUGAGACGAUCGCUUUGACUUCCUUCGUCGGAUUUCAGAUUUCGAGGGUGGAUUUUUGGUGUUGGUAGUCUGUACGCGGGGUGAAAUAGGACCGGAGCGCGUGGCGCAUCAGGGCCACGCAGAAGCCGCACCCUUGCUGUCAACGCAAAGUAUUUCUGACGUUCCGACGAUGUGUCAUUUUCACAGCUGUGUUUUCCUCCGCAAGGACGCCCUUCACAUCACAGAUGGUAAAUAAAAGGGAGAAGGAA